UUGAAACUGGUUUUUAUAUCACGCUUUCAGUACCUCUACCUAUAUAUUCUUCGGCGUGACUGCUUUAUCUUAGUCGAUAGUCGGCAAUCGCAGACUCGCAGUGUUUGUUAUCAUUUAGCAAAAGGUGGACAUUAUUGGUGGUACGUGUAUUUAUUUGAGAAUUUUAAGUUUUUUGCGAACUUCAAGAUUCUCGUCUGGGUAGCAAGUAAAUUUCUAUAAUUCAAGAUGUCCAUUAAUCAAACCCUAGGAGAAAAUUCCCUGGAUCAGAGCCUCAAAGAACGCUAUGUAUUUCUCUACGAUCUGCCAAGCUUGCAAGAAAUAGCAUCUUACGAAGUUUGUCGCACAAUCUGGUACAGCAAUUUAUCAAAGUACCAACAUAUCAAAGGAGAAGAUACUAACGUUAUUCAAUGUCGUUUUAUGUUUGGGUUUUAUGUUAUCGAUCAUUACCAGAAGCACACUGGCCAACUUAUAAAGCAUUUGAAUGCUCCUGCUUCAAUUGAAGAUAUUCUCGAAAAUUCCAUGAAUAAGGUCUGUGGAGAGAUCGGAAAUUGGGUGAAAGAAUUUUACUAUCGCACAUUAAAUCUCGAUGGUCACUGUGGAAUUCGCCUUAUUGAUCCAAAGUGGUGGGUUUGGUCGGUGAACGGCGAAAUCGACUGUUUAAAGAGCGCAAGAAAGAUUCUACAAGAUAUCAGGUUGACUGAAUGGCAGAAAUUCCUCGUGAUGUGUAGAUAUUGCAUGGCAUACGAGAUAAGUAAAUUCUCAUUGGAUUGCCUUCCGUCCCAAUUUUUUGCUAAAAAUUAUCACGAAAGCAAUUUUAUUUGUUUUUAUUGGAUUUGUUAUCUAAGAAAUGAACUGCACAGAGUACCAGUUAGAAAUAAUGAUUCAAUAGCCUGGACCAUUUCUAAAUAUCAUGCUGACUUUCAGGUGGUCAAAAAAUUUUUCUGGGAUCGUUUAAAAGGCGAUCAGCGUGUAACACUUGUUGCUUAUUGGAUUAAUGAGUCUGUACGUAAAAGGACGAAGGAUCUUAUUAUUUUGGAACAAAUUAUUUCUAGAAUGUCUCUGUCUCUACAACAACGUUUGCUGCGUAAAACGAGACACACAAUCGUUAGUUUUUUCGCUUUAUACUCCGGUUCCCCACGAUGCGCUCUUUGGGCACGGAGAUAUGCUGGAGAUCAAAUGGAUGUAGAACAAUUCGCUAAAUUGGUUGAAGAAUUGUUGAAAACAAAUGUAACUUGGAAGUCAACGUGCUUAUUGGAUGAGAUUUGGAACACAGCGUCUGCUCAUCAGAGAAAUCAUGUUAUUCAGACAAAGUUGAAGAGGUUCGUGGAUUUGUUACUGACUGAUAGUGGAUCGACAUUCUCUGACCGAUUUCUUCAGUUCAUAUCCAAAGAUGAAAGAAAAAAAAUCAUUUUUAAACUGGUGAACGGUAAAAUUUUCCACGAGUGUGAUCUAGAUUUUUCGAGCCGCUUCCUGAACCUACAUUUGCCAAACCCGGAUGACCAAUUGACGUUGAGAAAAUUGGUUAUUGAUUCUCCUGCAUUUCUAGAACGUUUAAUGUUCUUAUUGAAAUGUAUGGAGUAUGAAAUGUUCAAUGAAGCAGUGAAGAUUUACUUUUCUCACGAUGCAGCUGCUGCUCAAAUAUUCAAACGAGAGUUUCUGGAACAGAAAUUGAAAACUAUGGAUUUCUUUUUUGACAUCAAGUUAAUUACAAGCAUUGAUACGUGGAAUGAAUUCAGCCGAUACAUUGAUGAGAUUUUUGAUAACGAUCCGAAACCAGGGUUGAUGGUUAAGCAAUGGUUCGUCACAUCAACAUUUACCGAAUUUAUCUACUGGGCCAGGCAAGGGAUAUUAGAACUCAUCUCUCAACUUGGCCAGGGUUUCGAUGAUUUUGUGAAAAUUGUCGAAAUGGUGUUCAAAAAUGACGAACUGAAGAAUGUGAAACGUUUGUUUUCUGAUAAAUUGUACGCAAUAUCCACUGUUCUUUCUCGUGAUCCCUUUUUUGGGACACUUCUCCGUAAUGAUAUUUUUUUUCCAAAGUUUAUGCAGUGGUGUUCGGUGCAUAAUGGAAAACCAAUUUUAAAGUUUUAAUCUAACUAUGUAAAAUACCUACCUUCGUGUAAUUUACUAAUCUGUACCUUUGUAAUAUUCAAUAAAAAAAUA